AUGUCGUUUUCCUUCGGCGCUCCAGCUUCUGGUACUCCGACUUCGAGUGGAGCACCAGCUGGUGGUUCUCUUUUUGGAACUGCAGGCAGUACCUUUGGCUCUAACCAGACUGCUUCGACAACCCCAUCAUCUACUGGUGGUGCACUAUUUGGAAAUGUAGGAGCUGCGUCUGGCACCGGAACCGCAUCACCAAUGUUUGGCGCUCAGCCAAAUUCUCAGCCAAAUGCCAUGUUUGGAAGUACCGCGACCCCGGCCAAGCCUGCUACAUCAACUACAACUGGCACUUCAGGUGGCACCAACUCCCUUUUUGGAGCUGGAGCUGGAGCUGGAUCGGGAGGCAGUCUAUUCGGAAAUCCAGCAGCGUCAACAACUCCCGGUCCUUCUGGACCUGCGUUAUUCGGAAACGCCUCGACCACACCAUCUGCCCCUGCAUUGUUUGGCAAUGCCUCGGCCACACCCUCCGCGCCCGCCUUGUUUGGUAACAAAUCCACUACACCCUCCGCGCCUUCGAUGUUUGGCAAUGCUUCGACUACACCCGCAGGUCCCCCACCAGGAUCCAAGUUACCUAGUCUCUUUGGAAACGCAAAUUCUGCUACUCCUGCCACUGCACCCCCGGCUACAACUGCUGCGAGUGCCCCGAAACCUCUGUUCGGUACGGCUGCUGGCGCUACGCAGAGCACCACGCCGUCUUUUUCGUUGCCCUCCUCCACUGGAGCCAACCCUGCCGCUGCAAAGCCUGCAUUCCCGUCCCUUGGCGGUGCUUCUAACAAUCCCACCGGAGCCAAUUCUCCUGCUUCAAGUCCCGCCUUCCCUUCCCUGGGUACCCUUGGUGGUGGUUCUUCUACCACUCCCCUUGGAGCGGCUAAGCCUUCCUUCCCUUCCCUUGGUGGCGCUUCUAUCGCGACUACUGGAGCUGCCGCAUCGCCAGCUACAACUACACCAAGCGCCCCCAAAUCGCUUUUUGGCUCUGCUGUCAGCAGCACUCCAAACGCUACGCCCUCUUUUUUAACUCCCUCCACCGGAGCCACCCCUGCAGCUGCAAAGCCUGCCUUCCCCUCCCUUGGUGGACAGUCCACCACGGGACCUGCUCCUCCUGCUCAGUCGCGUUUGAAGAACAAGACUAUGGACGAGAUUAUCACUCGAUGGGCAACAGAUCUUACCAAAUACCAGAAGGAUUUCCGUGAGCAGGCUGAAAAAGUUGCAGAAUGGGACCGUCUGUUGGUUGAGAACGCAAGCAAGGUCCAGAAGCUGUAUGGUAGCACUGUUGAUGCAGAGAGAGCCACUCAGGAGGUUGAGCGUCAGCUAGCUUCUGUUGAGGGACAACAGGAUGAGCUUAGCUCUUGGCUGGAUCGGUAUGAACGGGAAGUUGAUGAGAUGAUGACGAAACAACAAGUCAGCCCUGGUGACGCUCUUCAAGGUCCAGACCAGGAGAGAGAGCGAACUUACAAAUUGGCUGAGAACCUGAAUGAGCGUCUGGAUGAGAUGGGCAAGGAUCUCACCAGCAUGAUUGAGGAGGUGAACGGUGCUUCGGCAACACUGAGCAAGACCAACCGGGCAGAUGAGCCGAUUUCACAAAUUGUUCGAAUCCUCAACUCGCAUCUAUCUCAACUGCAGGUAAUUGACCAAGGCACCUCUGAGCUGCAAGUCAAGGUUGCCGCUGUCCAGAAGGCUGGUCAGUCGAUCUCAUCGCGCCUUGGUUAUGGCUACACUAGCCCAGGAGUUGGUGGGGGCAAUGCUGCAGACGACUUCUAUCGAUCCUACAUGGGUCGGCGAUAG